AGCCGCGCUCCGCGUCCGGCCGGCCCGAGCCCCUCGCGACCCCGCGGCCGCGGCCAUGGCGAGCAACAGUCUUGCUUACAGUGAGCAGUCGGGCGCGGGAGAGACGGCGGAGCUGGGGCAGGAGGCCACCGCGACCAUUUCCCCCUCGGGCGCCUUCGGCCUCUUCAGCAGCGACUUGAAGAAGAAUGAAGACCUAAAACAAAUGUUGGAGAGCAACAAAGAUUCUGCUAAAUUGGAUGCUAUGAAGCGGAUUGUUGGGAUGAUUGCAAAGGGGAAAAACGCAUCCGAACUGUUUCCUGCUGUUGUGAAGAACGUGGCCAGUAAAAAUAUUGAGAUAAAGAAGUUGGUGUAUGUCUACCUGGUCCGGUACGCCGAGGAGCAGCAGGACCUGGCUCUCUUAUCCAUCAGCACUUUCCAGCGGGCUCUGAAGGACCCAAACCAGCUAAUCCGUGCCAGUGCGUUGAGAGUUCUGUCAAGCAUCAGAGUGCCAAUCAUUGUGCCUAUCAUGAUGCUCGCCAUCAAGGACGCUUCUGCCGACUUAUCACCGUAUGUCAGGAAGAAUGCAGCCCACGCAAUACAAAAAUUGUACAGUCUUGAUCCAGAGCAAAAGGAAAUGUUAAUUGAAGUAAUUGAAAAGCUUUUGAAAGAUAAAAGCACACUGGUAGCUGGCAGUGUUGUGAUGGCGUUUGAAGAAGUAUGCCCAGAAAGAAUAGAUCUGAUUCACAAGAAUUACCGCAAGCUCUGUAACUUACUGGUUGAUGUCGAAGAGUGGGGGCAGGUUGUCAUAAUCCACAUGCUAACGCGAUAUGCCCGAACACAGUUUGUUAGCCCUUGGAAAGAGGGUGGCGGUGAUGGUGGUGUGGAGGGCGGUGAGAAGAAUUUCUACGAGUCUGACGAUGAGCAGCAGGAGGAGGCUGAGAAAAGGAAGACACCGUACGCCAUGGAUCCAGACCAUCGGCUGCUGAUCAGGAACACAAAGCCUUUGCUUCAGAGCAGAAAUGCCGCGGUUGUCAUGGCAGUUGCUCAGCUGUAUUGGCACAUUUCACCAAAAUCUGAGGCUGGCGUGAUUUCUAAGUCACUGGUGCGUUUACUUCGUAGCAAUAGGGAAGUGCAAUACAUUGUCCUACAAAAUAUAGCAACCAUGUCAAUUCAAAGAAAGGGUAUGUUUGAACCAUAUCUGAAGAGUUUCUAUGUUAGGUCAACUGACCCCACCAUGAUUAAAACACUGAAGCUAGAAAUUUUGACAAACUUGGCAAACGAAGCUAAUGUAUCAACUCUUCUUCGAGAAUUUCAGACCUAUGUGAAAAGCCAGGAUAAGCAGUUUGCUGCGGCCACCAUUCAGACUGUAGGCAGAUGUGCCACCAGCAUCUCCGAAGUCAGCGAUUCGUGCCUCUCUGGCCUGGUCUGUCUGCUGUCCAGCAGGGAUGAGGUUGUUGUUGCUGAAAGUGUGGUUGUUAUAAAGAAAUUAUUGCAAAUGCGACCUGCACAACACAGUGAGAUUAUCAAACAUAUGGCCAAGCUCUUGGACAGCAUCACUGUCCCUGUGGCUAGAGCGAGUAUUCUCUGGCUGAUUGGCGAGAACUGUGAGCGAGUUCCCACAAUCGCCCCCGAUGUUCUGAGGAAGAUGGCUAAACACUUCACCAGUGAGGACGACCUGGUGAAGCUGCAGAUUUUAAAUCUGGGCGCAAAACUGUACCUAACCAACUCAAAGCAGACAAAAUUGCUUACCCAGUACAUAUUAAAUCUCGGCAAGUAUGAUCAGAACUACGACAUCAGAGACCGUACAAGAUUUAUUAGGCAGCUUAUUGUUCCGAAUGAGAAGAGCGGAGCUUUAAGUAAAUAUGCUAAAAAAAUAUUCCUGGCACAGAAACCAGCACCACUCCUUGAGUCUCCUUUUAAAGAUAGGGAUCAUUUCCAGCUCGGCACCUUAUCUCACACUCUCAAUACUAAAGCCGCUGGGUACCUGGAAUUAUCUAAUUGGCCAGAAGUGGCGCCCGAUCCAUCAGUUCGAAAUGUGGAAAUAGUGGAGUUGCAGACAAAAGAAUGGACCCCAGCAGGAAAAGCAAAGAAAGAGAAUCCUGCUAAGAAAUUUUAUUCUGAGUCUGAAGAGGAAGAGGAUUCCUCUGACAGCAGCGAUGAGAGUGAGAGUGAGUCUGGAAGUGGAAGUGAAGAGGAAGGAGACAGCAGUGAGGACAACAGCGAGAGCUCUCCCAGCGAGCAGGAGGCUGAGAGUGCCAGCGAGCCGGAAGGACCGAGCAAACGGACAGCCAAGAAGAGCUGGAAAACCAGAGCCAAGAGUGAUUCUGAAAAUGAGGAGAAAGAAAAUGAAAAAUCUGAGUCUUCCGAUUCCUCCAGUGCUGAAUCUGGUUCAGUUGAAGAAAGUUCUUCAGCUUCUGAGUCAGAGACAGAGUCUGACAGUGGGUCUGACGCCAGGAAAGUCGCCGAGGAGAAAGAAGGAAGACCAAAGCAAGCUAGAAGUGCUCUUCCCAAAGAUGUCUCACUUCUAGAUCUAGAUGAUUUUAACUCAGUAUCCACUCCAGUUGCACUUCCCACACCAGUUCUUUCUCCAAGCUUGAGAGCUGAUCUUGAAGGUUUAAAUUUAUCAACUACUUCAUCAGUCAUCAAUGUCAGUCCUCCAGUGUUCGUACCCAUGAAAACGCACGUGCUGCUUCAUCGAAUGAGUGGGAAAGGACUGGCUGCCUGCUACUUCUUCCCAAGAACACCUUGCACUUUUGGCGCCAAGAUGGUCUCUGUCCAGAUAACACUGAGUAACACCACUGACCGAAAGAUAGAACAUAUCCACGUAGGGGAAAAGAAGCUUCCUGCCGGCAUGCGGAUGCACGUGUUCAGCCCAGUAGACUCUCUCGAGCCUGAGGGAUCCGUUACUGUUUCAAUGGGCAUUGACUUCUGUGACUCGACUCAGACUGCCAGCUUCCAGUUGUGUACCAAAGAUGACUGCUUCAGUGUUAAUAUUCAGCCACCUGUUGGAGAACUGCUUUUACCUGUGGCCAUGUCAGAGAAAGAUUUUAAGAAAGAACAAGGCAUGCUCACAGGGAUGAAUGAAACCUCUGCUCUGAUCGUCGCCACACCCCAGAAUUUCACUCCCUCUGUGAUUCUUCAGAAGGUUGUGAAUGUCGCCAAUGUAGGUGCGGUUCCUUCUGGCCAAGACCAUCUGCACAGGUUUGCAGCUAGGACUGUGCACAGUGGGUCACUGAUGCUGGUCACAGUGGAGCUGAAGGAAGGCUCUACAGCCCAGCUCAUCAUCAACACCGAGAAGACUGUGAUUGGCUCUGUGCUGCUGCGGGAGCUGAAGCCGGUCCUGUCCCAGGGGUGACUGCCUGCAUCUGGACUUCAGAGGCUGGCACACAGCAGAAGUGCCUGGCGUCCACUGCUGCCACCUUUCAUUUAUGAUAAUAGCCCUUCCAUCUGGCAGUGGGGGAGCGGGCCUCCGACAUCUCGUCUCCUGCUGUAGGACGCUAGUGUGUAUCCAUCAUGUAUGCCGCUCUUUCCCUUCCGCUUUGCUAACCAAAGAACAUAGAUUUCACUGUCCCUUAUCUCCGCUCUGGAGCCCAUGUGGCGUUCUCUCUGUCCUGCUCCUCCUCUCGGCCUCUCCCUCCUCUUUCUCUUCGACGGUGAUGGACGCGAAUUGGAUGUUUAAAGUUCACGGGGAACCAUCUUCCCUUCAGCAGGAAGCAAACAUUAGCAAAGGAAGGUCUCAGGGGCCGCGGCGGGGCAUGUGAGGACGGCAUCCCAAACCCUUGAGAAUUAAAUGCGAAAGCUCGGUCUUUGCAAAAUUUUGUUCUUUUAAUUGCCUUGUGUUGUAAUUGGUUAUUGAUAACUAUCAUGAAAUUAUCUCUGAAGAAUAAGAUAAAUAAAGGAGCAUAUGAGUAACA